AGAAUUGAUGUUGUCAAUAAUAUGGAUGCUGACACAGUACACCUUUGAUUUUUGGGCCUUUAGAAUGGGUCUUAUUUCGUUUGGACCAUUGGAAGCUUUUAACAACUGGAAUAAAAAAGUGUUGUGCUGUAUCAUUGUUUUCUAAAUCUCUUCAGCCAUAGGAAUAGUAAUAUAAUUAUAAUACUGUAUAAGCACCUAGUCACAAUGAAGGACCUUUCAAGAGAUAUUUCAGAUUUUGGUGACAUUUGUCAAACAAAAAUUGUGGUAACGGGCGUAAAUGGGUCAGAUUUAGUUCCACUACGUCUUGCUCAUUUUCAACAAACACCUCUAAAUAGCUACGACAGGAAACGUGUAAGACGUGAACGCAAUUUGAAGCGAAUGUUGAAAGAACAGGCCAAGUCUGGAAAUGGUUUUAACGGGAUGGUUUCGGCCAUUAUGGAAAUGGCAACAAAUAGUUCGGAUAUUGUUGAUAAAUCUUUGUUGGAACUCUAUCGUCAGAACCGUCCAAAGCCGGUGGAGCCCAUAGAUUAUGAGACGUACGUCCUGAAGAACAAGGUUCUGCUCCACAAUGACCCUCACAGGGACCUGCUCAAUUUUCCAUAUGAUGACAUACUCACACCUGCCCCGACCCCGGCAAAGAAGAUGCGCACGGUGCACUCAACGGUGCCAACCCUGGGCGGGGAGAAAUCGGGGAACCUCCUGGUGGAAGAGUGUCUACAAACGUACACUGACACCUGUCACAUGGUCCGCUUCAGGUACAGCAAAUACUCCGGAGGCUACCAGCAGCUGCCAAGUGUGAAGAAACGUGAAGAGUUACAGGAGCAGGUGUAUGAAGUGGACCAGGAGGCAGACGACCGUGAGGACACAAUAAGUCGCACCUACUCCAGCGCGUCAAUGACACAACCGGUGAUAACCAAGGCUGGUUGGCUGUACAAAGGGCCUGAUAGCAGCAAAGAUACCAUCAUGAGCUUUACACGGCAAUUCAAGCGCCGCUACUUUGUCAUCAAGCAGCAAUCAGACCAAACAUACAGCCUCGAGUUCUUCAAAGAUGACAGGAGGUCAGAAGCAAAAGGAGUUAUCUUUCUUGAAUGUGUACAGGAGGUUGUCAAGAACUCAAAAAAAGGGAAGCACGGUUUUGAAUUACGGACACAGGAGAAGGCUUAUCUGUUUGCUGCAGAGAGUGAAGUGGAAAUGGAGGACUGGAUUAUGACCCUGAACAAGGUCCGCAAUGCUGCUGAGACGCUCUCUAAUAUUUCACUAGAUAGGCUCAGGGGAGAUGAACCCUUUUCCCCAAGUAAGGUGGAUGACAAAGCCUUCGAAAAUAUGGUCCAUCCUGAACUACAGAAGUAUGCCAAAGAGUCUGAGUCGAUGAUGUUGAAAGCCAGGCAGGACAACAGACAGAACCUCUUCAAUGUUUACGGCAGUAUAGUUCGUAAUUUCCAUCAUGAUCCCGAGGACGAUGAAGAUGUAGCAUCAGAAGUAGACGUCUUCCCCCAGCAGUUUGGGGAGAGGUUCAUGUUGCGUUUGCUUGAGUUUAAACUCAAAUUACAGGUCAACAUGGCUGAAGAGGGUAACGGCAAGAAACAAUGCAAUCCUGAGCCAUUUUUCCUGACCUUUGCCCUGUAUGAUGCGAGGGAAGGCAGGAAGAUAUCCGAGGAUUUCCACAUGAAUGCAAAUGAGCAGGAAAUAGAGGCAAUGAUACCGGCAGACCUCGUGGCUGCUUCAGACAAGCUCAACAAGGUCGAUGGAAAAUCAACCGCUCCGGAAUUGAAAGGCCUUGAGGAAAACUGGCUGCUGGCCAAAAAUAAGCAGGGCCUGUACUCAGUUAUACGCCGUCACAGCGAGAUCUACCUCUACGUGCGUAUAGAGAAGGUCCUCCAGGGCCCCAUAUCACAAUCAAUCGAGCCGUACCUUCGGGGAGCCGACAGCAAGACUGGCUCCAAAGUCUACCGACAGAUGAAACAGUUCUGCUCUCAUAUAGGACACCAUAGGAUGCCUUUCGCUUGGUCUGCCAGACCUCUUGCCACGAGCAACGUAGGCCCCUAUGAAAUGCCUUUGUAUAAACAAGACAGCUCCAAAAUGUCGGAGGAUGAAGUUAUCAAACAUCUACAAGAUCUGAAAAGGCCAGAAAAGCAAAGCAAGUGGACCAGCAUUCCAGGAACAUUCAAAAUCAGCCUUCACCCCAUCAAGCCUGACCCUCCAUUACCAAACACAGUGACAUCUUCUUUUGUUCCUGUAAAGCCGUUCCCCACCCCUCCAGCCGACCCCAUUGCCAUAGAGAUAGAGGAAUUUGUCCCCGCGAAGGGCCAGUUCAACAGCCCCUUUGACUCCUAUGUUAACAACCUGUAUGUUUACCCGCUCAGUCUGAAAUACGAUAGCCAGAAAUCAUUUACCAAGGCUCGUAACAUAUCAUGUUGCGUGGAGAUACGUGACUCCGAUGAAGAGCAUGCUGUACCGUUAAAGUGUGUGUAUGGUAGGCUGGGCCCAUCAGUGUUCACAAGCGUAGCCAGUUCAUGUGUACUCCACCAUAGCCAGACUCCAGAAUACACAGAAGAGGUGAAGGUGUUGCUACCGACAAUACUACAUGAGAAGCACCACCUGUUGUUCCGGUUCUACCAUGUGAGCUGUGAGGGAUCAAAGGGCUCCACAAAGAAGAGAGAUGGGAUCGAGGUCCCUGUGGGGUACGCUUGGGUGCCCCUGCUGCAUUCCACGGGCAGGGUGGAAGUAGGAGAGAGGACAGUCCAAGUGGCAACCAACUUGCCUGCUCGAUAUCUCGGCUCAGAAUCUCUUUCAAGCAGAAAUUCCACUGCCUCAGAUGUGAAGUGGGUGGAUGGGGGUAAGCCCUUGUUCAAACUGAAACUACACCUCAUGUCGACCGUGUACACCCGCGAUCCACAUCUCCAUACAUUCUUCUUCCACUGCCAGAAGAUGAUGACCUCCCCGUCCCCUGGCCCGGACAGCCUCAACAAGCUCAAGGUUUUAGAGAAAGUAUCAAAUGUUGCUGACGCCGUAGAGCAACAGUACCUGAUGAAUUCUGUAAAGUCCCUGCACGCAGUGGACGUGAGCACGUAUAUCCAGUUUCUACCCACAAUUCUCAACAUCCUGUUUAAACUGGUGGCGAACACCCAGAGUGAGGAUAUUGGGAUGAAUGCUGUCAGGGUGGUUAUCCACAUUGUAUCAGAGGUACAGGACGUGGAUAAACAAGAACUCCUCGAGAAAUAUGUCAAGUACAUAUUCCGUGCCGAGCCCAUUCCAAAGGGUAGCAAACAGAAGACUGUACAUGAAGAACUUGCCAAGAGCUUGACCAUGAUCCUACGUCCAGCCAAUGCUGACCAGGUUGUGGUGGUCAAGUUCCUCAACAAUGCCUGGUUCUUCUUUCAAGUGCUCAUUAAAAGCAUGACCCAGUUUCUAGUGGAUGGGGAAAGGGUCAAGAUGCCCCGUAAUGAGAGAUUCUCGAGCGACUACCAGUACAAGCUACAGACCCUGAUACAGACCAUCACUCCGUACAUUACCAGCAAGUAUAAGGAGGCGCCAAGAGAGACACGCAAUGCUAACUUCAGUCUGGCAUACUUUGUAAAGAUGUGUUUCACGUUGAUGGACCGAGGCGUGGUAUUCCAGCUCAUAGCACAGCACAUAAACACCUUCGCUGUCGUGGAACAUAGAACCCUCCAUGAGUACAAGUUUGAGUUCCUGAGGAUUGUGUGUAGCCACGAGCACUACAUCCCGCUGUCCCUGCCUCUCAUGAGGCGAGGGCUGAUCAAAACAUACAAAGGGGAUACAUGUGUAUCCGAAGAAUGCCUCCCUUACCCCACAGAGCAUGAUUUGGAUGUAUUGUACACUGAUUAUGACCUGAAGUGUGAUUACACACUAUCAGAAGAGUACCGGAAGACCCACUACCUUCCCGGCCUACUGCUGCAGGAACUGAAACUUGCGCUCAACGAGAGCAAGGAGACGAGGCGAUGUGCCAUCAACGUUCUCCGUGACCAGUUUGCCAAACAUGCCUUCGAUGACAGAUAUUCACAGAAGAGCCAUCAGGGACGCAUAGCAGCCCUGUACUUGCCGCUGAUCCAAGUGCUGCUAGACAACAAGCACAGACUGGUUAAAUCAGACGAUAAAAACCAACAGAAAAACCAGUCUCCCAAUCACUCAGCCAGUCAGCCAUCCAUGAAUGGCCUAGAUAGCAGUUUGGUCGGGCAGGGCGGGCCGGGUAGUGUAUCGGCAAAGAGCGAGGCCAAAUCGACAUCGUCUGGUCAUACACCUCAGCAGAAACAUCGCAGCAUGAUUUCUCUGCCACAGCCUGUUGACCCGUCGAAGAGAGACUCUUCGGUGUUUGAUAUGAUUGCCGGAACAAAAAUACCUUAUGGAAAAGGUAGAGUGGCCGCCCGUCACCUGAACGUGGAAGAUCUGAAAUCACAUAUCAGUGGGUCCUCUAGUUCAAUAGCUAGUUCAAACUCCUCAACAGACACCAAAACAGACAGUGGAAGCAGGGAUAAAGGUCACUCAAGACAAGGGUCAGUGUCUACCGUGAUACCUGGUGUGACAUCAUCAGCCACAUCCAAAGUGUACCAAUACCAGCGUCUAGACAACACGGAGAUACGUGAUCUUCUCGUCUGCUUGCUGCACAUUCUCAAGUACCUGCCUGAUGAUAUCCUACUGGGUUGGUUCAACAACUCAUCCGAGUAUGACAUCGUGGACUUCUUUUCAUUGCUUGAACUAUGUCUAGAGCACUUUAAAUAUCAAGGGAAGAAAAAGAUUGUCACCCUGGCCAUUAUUGGAGAGAGCAGCAUGGGGCGUAAAACCAACACCAUGCCCGUCAAACGGCAGUCAGCAAUCCCAACGGCCAAUGGGAGUCUUCCACCGACAUUCCGUAGUGUUAGCCAGUAUGGAGACUUUGUACCAGAUGUUCCAAGCUACCAUAUGACAACAUCAUCCGAGGCUGACGGUCUGAGUCGAGCGCGGUCAGAGGCGAACAUGUCAACUGAGAUGGGGAUUAUUGUCCUUGAUGUGCUCGGGGUUUACACGGACAAGUUCAAGACGGACCUGUCAUCCCGUGAUGGUGACAACACAUUGAUGGAGACCGUGUUUGACCUCUACCUCUACUUCCUGCGUACCAGCCAGUCAGAAACACUGCAGACGCACGUGUUCGCUGUGUGGAGAAACUUUGUCAGAAAGUUCUCCAAUGUGCUAUUUAAGGGAGAUGCUACCUUGUGUUCAAAGUUAUGUUAUGAGCUGUUGAGGUGUUGUAACUCGAGGUUAAAGUCCACUAGAAAGGAAGCCUGCAUACUGAUCUAUAACCUGAUGAAAGCAAACUUUGAGUUUACGAAGAAAAAGUCAUUCACUCGUGUACAUCUGCAGGUUAUAAUUUCUGUGGCCCAGCUGAUCGGGAAUGUGGUCACAUUGUCGAACAAUCGAUUUCAGGAAUCUCUUGCCCUUAUCAACAGCUACGCACACUCGGACAAGACCAUGAACGUGUCCAGUGUCUGGGCCUUUAUUGAUGGGGGACAGAAAACAAGGUUCUCCUCAGAAGUGAAGGAUCUCACGAAGCGGAUCAAGACUGUGCUAAUGGCUACUGCACAGAUGAAAGAACACCAGAAUGACCCUGAAAUGUUGAUUGACCUUCAGUACAGUCUUGCAAUCUCAUACGCUAGUACGCCGGAACUGAGGAAAACCUGGCUAGAGUCCAUGGCCCGCAUACAUAGCAAACAGGGCAACCAUUCUGAGGCAGCGCAUUGUUACAUUCAUAUGGCAGCACUUGUGGCAGAAUACCUCAAGAAACGAGGAAAAAUAAAAUCAAGUUCAUUCCCCCAGGGCUGUGCAGCCUUUAAGCCAAUCUCUCCGAACGUUGAGAAGGAAGAGUCCGGGAUCAAGGAUGACUCCGGAAUGCAGGAUGUGCAAUAUACAGAGGAGACGCUUGUAACAUUUAUGGAGGAAGCAGCCACCUGUUUAGAGAGUGCAGAGAGAUUUGAGGUGCUAGGGGAAGUGUAUAAACUCAUCAUACCCAUGUACGAGCGUGCCAGGGAGUUCGAGAAACUAGCGCAGUGUUACCAGAUCCUUGCCAACUCCUACACCAAGGUAGUGGAAGUGAUGCAGUCUGGGAAACGAUUACUCGGCAAAUACUUCAGGGUCGCUUUCUUCGGACAGUCCUACUUUGAUGAAGAAGAUGGUAAACAGUACAUCUACAAAGAGCCGAAAGUGACGAGUCUGGCUGAGCUGUGUGAUCGACUCAAGGCCCUGUACGAGGGAAAGUUUGGACGUGAUAAUGUUAGACUCAUCAUGGACUCAAAAACGGUAUCAAGUGCCGAUAUUGACAACCGUUACGCCUACAUCCAGGUGACACAUGUGACACCGUUCUUUAAGGAGAAGGAGCUUCAACGUCGUCUCACGGACUUCGAGAAAAACAACAACAUAAAUCAGUUCAUGUUUGAGACUCCCUUCACAAAGUCUGGCAAGGCCCACGGCGACAUUCAAGACCAGUAUAAGAGAAGGACAGUGCUACACACUUCACAUUCCUUGCCAUUCGUUAAAAAGCGUAUUGAGGUCGUCGAUAAGAAGGAAUGCAUCCUGUCACCAAUCGAGGUGGCAAUCGACGCAAUGAACGCGAAGGUGGCCGACCUCCGAGAGGUUGUUGACCUUGCCCUUCCUGACAUGAAAAAACUGCAGCUGAAACUGCAGGGCAGCGUUAGCGCUCAGGUGAAUGCAGGCCCGCUGGCAUACGCUGAAGCAUUCCUGUCAGAGGACCAUGUGGCCAGCUAUCCACCAGAUAGAGUUGAGGCUCUCAAAAACAUCUUCAGGGACUUUGUGCGGGUAUGCAAUGACUCCCUAGACCUUAAUGCCAAGCUGAUUACUACAGAGCAAAAGGAGUACCAUGAAUCUCUCAAGGAUGGCUUCGAAGACAUCGUUAGCCAACUUUCCAAAAUGUUCGGAGAAACUAAUGCUGUCUACAUAGUGUUAACAAAGGAAAGUGAAGGUUCCCAGCGCGGGUCUAUGUCUGUGUUCAACAUAGUAGCACCGCAGGGGUCCAGCACAGCCUAAGGAGGAGUCCAGUCUGGAAUUGUGCUUACAUUAUGAACAAUAUAUAACAAGUACUAUGUUGCCUACAUGCAACCAGUCUGGAAUUGUGUUAACUCAUGAACUAGGUACCAGUCCAGACUUUGAAUCUAAUGUUGCAACUAGUCUGAAAUUGUGUUAACACAUGAACUAGAUAUUAGUCUAGACAUUGAAUCUGAGUAUGGAAACAGUCCAGAAUUGUGUUAUACAAUCAUGAACAAGAUAACAGUCUAAACUUGAACUUUGAACAUGCAACCAGUCUGGAGCUGUGUUUACACAUGAACAGGAUUCCAGUCUAGAUUUUAAUUCUAAACAUGCAACUGGAUAAAUUUGGACAAGAUAACAGUCUGUAAUUUGCUCAUUUGAUUCUGGAAGUGUUUUAAAAUAGAGUCUGGACUGUCAUGCAACCAGUCUGAAAUUAUGUUUUCAUAGAAACAUGGUCCAUGUUUCUUUUCAAAAAUAUACCUUUGGCUUUGAGUUUUAACUAUCAUAGUUUUCAUAAGUGCAUUACUUCAAACUUGUAUUCCAUCCACUUACAUUCUGCAAGCCAGCUGACUUUUAUUUAUGCUUUUCAGAUUAAUUUGUUCUCAUUAUUAAAACCCUGUCCAAUAAAUGUUAGCAUUUGGUAGCUUCAUGAAUGGCCAUCAGUGACAAGCAUUUCAGAAGGCCGGUGAUCAUUUAUUUAUAAAGAUUGUGUAUGUUGUCUUGUUCAUGUCUUCUGUUCAUUGAGUGAGAAUGCUGACAUAUUUUAUCGGUUUUCUGUUUAUGUUUUAUUCUUUUUAAUUUGUUUGUUUGGAUAAAUUUAAAGAAAAACUCUAUUAUCAGCAUUAAUGCUUUAUCAAAGGAAUGGUCAAUAUUUCAAACUUGUUUACCAUUGGUCAAAUGUGUUUGUCCAAUCAGAGUGCAGCAUUGAAAUAAACACUGAUGUCAUAACUGACCGAUUCAAGCCAAAAUUUAUGUCAGAUUUUUCUCUGUACAAAAGACUAGGGCAAUGUUAUAUCUAAAGUUGACAAAACAAGUUGAAAUCUGGCUUGAUGAAAGUAGAUUCUUUGAACAUGUAUAGAGUCAUUAUCAUGGCAGUGUACCAUUGUAUUUGUACAUAAUUAUAAAUACUUGUACAUUAUCCAAAACAUACAUGUAGCUGAAAAUUUGUAUAGAGUGAAUUGAUUUUGGUAAUCAAGAAACAAUUAGACAUAACCUAGAUCUGUUCUAUAGUAUUUAUUCCAUUGAGGGCUAGGAUUAUCAGCCAUCAUAUAUUGUUAGCUUUUUGUGUGUGUUUUUAUAGAUAAAAACUUGAGGGAUUGUGAUAGCCUUGGUGUCUAUGUCUGCGUUGUUUGACCUUAGCCAUACCUCAUCAUUAUCUUUCAAUGAAACUUGGUAUACAUGUGGCCUGAGACAAUACAAUAAUGUAAAGCAAGGACCAUGACUCUGGAUUUAAUAAUUGCUGAGUAAUUCCCCUUGUUAUUAACUUGGUAUACGGGUGGCCAGAGACAAUACACUGAUGAAAAGCAAGGACUAUAACUCUGGAUUUAAUGAUUGCUGAGUAACGCCCCAUGUUAUAAACUUGGUAUACAGGUGGCCAGAGACAAUACAAUGAUGUAACGCAAGGACCAUAACUCUGGAUUUAAUGAUUGCUGAGUAACGCCCCUUGUUAUAAACUUGGUAUGUAGGUGGCCAGAGACAAUACACUGAUGUAGCGCAAGGACCAUAACUCUGGAUUUAAUAAUUGCUGAGUAACAGUUUAUCUGACAAAAAACAGAUGUACAUUGGCUUUUGCUCUGCAGCAUUCUUGUAUAAAAAAUUGGUUAUACAUUUUACAAUGAACAUAAUUUAGAAAGAUCUUGUAUACAUAUGGCAGAUUUCACGUUUUGGUGACCAAAAAGUUCCCGGCGAAUAUUGAUUUUUAAAAUUUAUUGCAGAUUUGUGAUUUCAACAUAAUCUUUUACAGCAAUUUCUUAUCUAUCAUAUUUUAGAACAUUUGCAAUGAUUUAUUCAUGCAUUUUUAUAAAAAAAAGAAUUUUGUAUCACCAUACCAUUUGUGCUAGUGUUACAAUAUUGCCGGUAAAAACUUGUUUUUUUUUAAUAUUUUGAUCCAAAGAAGUAUUUUGUCUUGCACUAAAUGGUUCAUUUAUCUAUAAAACAGAUUAUACAGACAAAAAAUAAAGAUUGUUUCGUUUUUCUCAAAUAAAUUUAUUGAAACAAACCCUAAUUGGACAACAAGACAGAAAAUGCUUUCUGCAAACAUAGGUUUUCUUUUUAUAUCAGAUCAGAUAAGCUAUAAACAUAAAUGUUUUGUUGUGGUAAUAUAAAUGUCUCUAGUAUGGUGCAAUUAUCAUUACCUUUGAUAUUAAACAUAUAUAUUAUAAAUUGCUAAUUGCAGUAUGUGCUAGUGUUACCACAAAACAGAAUGAGUAACAUUAGCAGUAUGUCACAUUAGCAGUUGGACAGAAUGUUUCACAACAAAUUAAAAUACAGACCUACCACAGACUGUUUGAGCUUGAUACAGUAUAAAACAAACUAUAUAAAUGAUUGAUAAACACGGUCAAUUGAUAAUCACAAAAAUUCUUAAUUCUGUCCAAUAAAUAACGAUAUCAAACACAAAAGCGGUAUGAAUUCAAUAUAAACUACGUACCUAAUGAAUGAAUACUUACAAACGAUAGUUUACAGACGACAUUGUUAUGUUCGAAUAAUUGACUAUGGGAAAGUCAUCAAAUUUCAACGAUUUUCUUGCUUUAUUAAGCGCUUGUCUUAAUGCUAGCGUGACAUAAUGUUAACGUUACAUCGAAGGACAGAAUGAGCCAAACUUGGAUUAAGUUUUUAUCAACGGUAUUCACCACUAUUUUUAUCAUUUCAAUGUCAACUGUGAACCAGUCCAAUAUAAAAGUAAUCGCUACCCGGAUGUUAACCCUCAGUCGGUGUAAAUUAUUCACGAAUAGAAAAGGUGCUAUCGUCAUGCUAAAAUGGGACAGAAUCGAUUUUGAGUAACAUUAACACAUUUUUAGACCUAAAAAACUUUAUGAUCGGGAAUGACCAAUUUCUUGUUACAUGCAAUACUGUUUUUAUCCGACAUGUAGUCUUUGUUUUCAGUGAUUUAAUAAAGGUGUGUUUAGGCUUAAAACAGUUAGCAGUGGAUCAUGUCUGCUAAUGUUACACAACAAUUCGAGGACAGAUUACCGUAACGUUAUCACCAUGCGCAAUUACCGAAAAUUUAAGUAUAUUACGAACGAAAUGCAAUCAUUUUAGAUAUAUUAUUGUUUUAAUUAACAUUUCUUGCAAACAUUAUUCAACAGACAAGAAUAAAAUACUUACCAGAUGUUACUGAAAAGCAUCCUCAAAAAAGUGGUAUAUUGGUACCGGGAAGAUUUUCUGUCUUUUUUGUCCUAAAUAUCGGCAUAUUUUUACAUUUUUUUACCUUAUUUAACACAAUAUUUUCAUUAUUUUAAUACAAAUCACUUCUAUUAGGUGUUCUUAUUUGGUUGGGAAAGGCAAUUGCUGUAUAUAUGACGUUGACAUGCAAUAACAAUAAAUGAAAGCAAAUGGGCCAAAUAAUUGCCUUUUUUGUGAAAUCUGCCAUAUGUGAAGUUUAAUUGUAUAUACAUCAUAAAAUGUUACUUUUCUUUUUAUUGUACUUUAUGCAUAUAACUAUGUAUGCAUAUAACUAUGUUAUUUUUCCCUUUGCUCCAAAAUAGUUUUCGUUUAUCAACAAUCUGUGAUAGCUUGUAUAUGUUGUUGUCCAUUUGAGGUUUCAUUGUAGGUGCAAGUGAAUUGUUGAAAUUGUUGAAAUACAAGCGAGGUCUUGUCUUUUUUUGUCAUGAUUAAAAAUUGAGAUUAAUUUAUUAGUUGGAUCCAAUAUGUAAAAUUUUUAAACAUUUAUGCAAGAUGGGUAUUAAUUUUUGUAUUGAAAAUGUAAGCCUUUUUCCAUUUUGUUCAAAGAUUAAUGGAUUAAAUUUCAUAAAAAAAUUAUAAGCUUAAAUUGCAGAAAAAAACAUAAUUACCAAAGCAAACAUGAAUGUGGCAACUAUUCUUUCGUUUAUUUUUUUAACUCCAUAUUUUAUUAAAAUUGAAUUUUUACUCCCUUAAAGCUGCUCUCUCACAGAUUAAACAUUUUGACGACUUUUUUAUUUUUUGACUUGGCACAAGCCAGUUUUUGCAAAAAAUCCAUAGAAACCAGUGAUAUAAGACUGCUGACAAAAAAUCCAUAGAAACCGCAGUGAUAUAAGACUGCUGACAAAAAAUCCAUAGAAACCAGUGAUAUAAGACUGCUGACAAAAAAUCCAUAGAAACCGCAGUGAUAUAAGACUGCUGACAAAAAAUCCAUAGAAACCAGUGAUAUAAGACUGCUGACAAAAAGUUAGAUUGCAGAUUUUUAUAUUUAUGUUCAGAAAAUGAAAAUCUACGCUCUGAUUUUUUGUCAGCAAUCUUAUAUAACUGGUUUACAUGGUUUUUCGCAAAAAUUGGCUCGCUCCAAGACAAAAAAUAAAAGAGAUGUAAAAAUGGUAUAUAUGUGAGAGUGCAGCUUUAAAUGAGAGUAAAAAGCCUUCAUAAUUCUCUUUAUAAAGGGUUGUUUGGCAGAUAUACACUGAUUAAAUGUAAUAAUUAUAAUAAUAUGUUUGCUGUUUAUAACAUAAUGUAUUAUAUUCAUUGUUAUGUGUUAGUUUCCUUUAGCAAUAUUUAUUUAACCAUGGUCACUAUAUCAUCUCUUUCAUAAUGUAUAUUUGAGACCAUUCUCAUUCUGUUAAUCAUUGUGUUAACUAUAUAUACUAUGGUUGCCUGUAGAUUUGUUAUAUAUGUUUAGUUAGAGAGGAAAUUAUUGUAUCUAUAUGUAGGAUUAUUAAGACACAGUGCUUUAUGAUGUAUGUAUUUGUUUAUUACUUAACAUAUAAUAAAUGCCAACAUAUAA